GCUCUGCAAGUGCCACAUAGCUGACAGUUCCCCCCGUCUGUUUUAGACUAGUGUCUGUCUCCUGAGUCUACUGUCUUGACGCAGAGUGUUACCAUUUUGUGCUCGCGGCUUCAGAUGUCUAUGACAGAACUUAUUAUGUGCAGUUUCGACCUCGGUCUCUAUUGGUGCCUCUCCACCUUUUCCUGAAAGUGAAACGGAUUUUAUGAGGGGUUCCCCCCACACUAAAGCCAAAUUAUUUUAUGCCCAUUAGUUGAUUUUUAAGAAAUGUAAGUGACAAUAACAUUCAGUAACUCACUUUGCAAUGCUGAUGAUCAAGCUAGGCUGUAUUUUACUGUCACCAUGCCUGUUGCUCCAGCUAGGCUGUAUUUUACUGUCACCAUGCCUGUUGCUCCUAAGGCCAUAGUAAAUAAAAUACAGUAUAGAGGUGUAAAAAAAAAAGGGGGUUAAACAUGGAUAGGGUGUAUGUGAGUCAAUCAGUGUAGUUUCCCUGCACCUGAUGUUUGUGUUUCAGGUGCAGAUGUUUGUUGUCAGACGUUUGUUGUGUGUGCUUUUUGUUAAAACCGUUUUAUGACAAAUGCAAUAUAUCUGCUUGAUGAAAUUACCCAAACCCUCACAAUUCUAUGUGCACAAUAGAAAAUAAAAUAAUUCAGAGAAUAAAAUUAUUAUUAUGUCUGGUUUGAAAUACUCUAAAAUUGACUUAAAUGUCUUUCUUUUGCUGUAUUUAUUUAGUGAGUCAGCAUGUGGAGGGUGAGCUACCAGCAGCUAGUAGUAGCAGCAAUGAAACAGCCUUGCCAGGUAACAGUGCAGUGGAAGAGCAGAGAGAUGCAGCAGCUCCUGAAGUGGCUGAGGAUGUGAGAGUGAGACAGGCAGCAGAAUGUGAGGUAGCCCAGCCGAGCUCUGUACUUGACAGUGACCUUGGCUUCUUCAUAGAUGCAACCAAAUCUAUUGAGGAAAUAGCACAGGCUGUGUGUCAGAUGUCUGAUGGCCAAAAGUACAAUUUGGUGAAAAACCACGUCAGACCUUCGAAACAUUUCAUUUUCCCAACUACAUUUAUUGGUGGGUGCAACAGGGCAUUCAGGUAUGAUUGGUUUGAGGAGCAUGGAUGGUGGCUGGUUUACAGCAUGAAACUCGAUGGCGCUUUCUGCAUAUGCUGUGCUCUCUUUCUCAAUGCCACAGAGAGGAAACAGUCAACUUCACUGAUAAAUGCGCCCUUCAGUAAAUGGCAUAAGAAAACGAAGAUAAUUGGAAGCCACCAAUCGAAAGCAAACCAUUUAGUGGCAUUUGAAAGAGCAAAACUGUUUCGACAGUCACAUGAAAACCCCAAUACCCGGAUAUCAGUCCGUAUGGACAGUGCAAAGGAGACCAACAUCAAAGAGAACAGGCACAUUCUCAAGUGCGUUGCAGAGGCUGUUCUCUACUGUGGCCGUCAAUGCAUUGCACUGAGAGGAUCAGCUGAGCAGCAGCAUUGUAGUGGCAAUCCUGGGAAUUUCUUGGCCCUAUUGAAACUGCUUUCAAAUCACGAUGAAAAGCUGAAGCAGCAUUUGGAGAAACCAAAGCUAAAAAAUGCCACAUAUCUAUCACCUCAAAGCCAAAAUGAAAUGAUUGAUGUAAUAGGGAAGCACAUGAUUCAGGCCAAGAUCGUGGAAGAGGUCAGGCAUGCUCAGAUGUACACAGUCCUAGCUGAUGAGGUCACAUCCCAUAAUGAAGAGCUGAUGCCAAUGUGUGUUCGCUUCGUGGACAAAGACUUAAAUAUCAGAGAGGAGUUGCUUGAGAUUUGUACUUUGCCACGGAUCACAGGUCGCCACAUUGCAAGCGCGAUCAAAGAUGUGCUGAGUCAUCUAAGCAUAGAGAUUGCUGACUGUCGAGGCCAGGGGUACGAUGGCGCCAGCAAUAUGAGCAGCGAAAAUGUUGGCGUUCAAGCUUUGAUAAAAAAGGAUGCGCCUAAGGCAGUUUAUAUGCACUGCAAUGGGCAUUGCUUGAACCUUGUCAUUGCACGCUCUUGUGCUCUUCCAGUUGUGCGCAACAUGAUUGAUAAGAUGAAGUACAUCGUCAUGUUCUUCACCUGCAGCCCGAAGAGGGAACACCUUCUCAAGGAGGUUGUAGAUAAGGAGGCACAUUCUACCGGAAAGCGGAAGCCCCUGAUUGACCUCAGCCGCACAAGAUGGGCAGCACGGCAUGAUGCCUACAGUCACUUCUACAGUGCCUUUGUCUUCAUUAUUAAGGCUCUGGAAGUCAUGGCACAGGGUCUCCAUACAGAGGAGUACAGUGAAGAUGUCACCAGUGGAUGGGAGGGCAAGUACAAAGCAGAGGCCUAUGGUCUCUUGAGUGGGCUACAAAACUUUGGAUUCAUCCUCACAUUCCUCACCGUAUACCAAGUUUUAUCCCACCUGGCGGGCAUCACGGUGAAACUGCAAAGCACCUCACUCGACAUCAUCGAGGCAUUUAGCAUGGUUGAUGAGGUGAAGUCUGUCUACAAGGAGCUCCGCGAGACCAUCGACGACGACUUCAAUCAAAUCUACGAACAAGCAGUUAGGAUGGCUGCUCAGGUCAACGUGGAACCAACCCAGCCGAGAGCAGCUGGAAGGCAGAAACACAGGGAAAAUGUACCCGCUGAAGGAGUGAAGGAGUACUAUCUCCGGAACAUGACGAUACCCUUCUUAGACCAUGUCAUUUCAGAGUUUGAGUCCAGAUUUAGUCCCCUCUCUGUGACCGCAUCAAGGCUCAUGGGCCUAAUUCCAUCUGUCCAGUGCAACUCAGAUGUAACGGUGGACAUCUCUGAAGCAGUCGCUCUGUACCAAGAUGACUUGCCAUCACCAGAGGUCAUUGACCAGGAGCUGAAACGGUGGAAGUUGAAGUGGCAGGUCAAAGCAUUACACCAAAGACCAAGCUCAUGUGCCUCAGCUAUCAAAGAGUGUGAUGAGAUGAUGUAUCCGAACAUCUUCAAACUCCUGAAAAUUGCAUGCACCUUGCCAGUGACCUCCUGCGAAUGUGAGAGGUCUGCCAGUGUUCUCCGGAGACUCAACACAUUCAUGCGGAGCAGCAUGGGAGAGGACCGCAUGUCAUCCUUGGCUCUCAUCCAUACCCACUACGACAUGGCUCUGGAUCUGGAUGAAGCUGUCGAUCUAUACUCAAAAAUGCACCCAAGACGAUUGGAGCUGAUGAGCGUUCUGAUGCAAUAGAAGCCAUAGAAGAAGAAGAGGGAGACAUGGGGGUGGAGAGAUAGACAAUAAAGGACAGCAACAACAGACAGACAGAACAACAACAGAGACAGACAAUGGAGGGCAGCAACAGACAGGCAAUGGAAGAAAGCAACAGACAACUGAGGUGAGCAACAGAGACAGACAAUCACAGAUGUAGGAAGUUUGAGUAACACUUACAUUUAUAUCAAAUUCUUCAUUCUUGUUAAAGUUUUAAUGACUAUAGAGAUAGCUCAAUUGAAGCAAUUCAUGUCCAUUUAUGUUAACAGUGGGGAGCAACAGACAAAAAAUGAAGGACAGCAACAACAGACUCACAACAAACUUGACGAUGAAUAAAAUAUGUCUAAAUUAAAAGAUUUGAAGUGUGCUGGUGUAUUUAGGGGGCAUUGGAGUAGGGAGCCAAAUGAAGUCCACUUUCGGGGGGAAAAGAUCCCCCCCCACCACAAUGCUGGCUACGG